UAGGCAUCAGACUUUGCUCCCGUCGGUGACGGAGGAGCUGCAUUUUUGCAACGCCAAUUCUUAACUCUCUGUCUCUAGUCGUACGAGUGACUGAAAUAUUAAUUUCUUGUAGUUGCAAUGAUAAUAAUAGAAGACGCAGGUGUGAAGGGCCUUUGUCUUGGGGACCUCCUCUUUGUAGACUAGAGUGAGAUUUUUUGGAGUAAGAGAGAGAGAGAGAGAGAGAGAGUGUAUGGCAUCAUCAUCGGGAGGAGGAGGUGGUGGUGGGAGCGCAGAUACUGUGGUGGUGCCCGGGCCUUCGAGCAGGAACAAUGGCGGAUGCGCUGAUUGCAGCUCGAGUGGCCUGCUGGCCUAUGGCGCUGGCAGCUGCGUUGUGGUGGUCGAGACGGUAUCAAUGCAAGUUGCAUGCAUCCUCCCGAUGCCCUCCUCGGCCCACUCCCUCGCCCCCUUUGUCACCGCUCUCCGAUGGCCUCCCCCCUCUCCACGCUCCCUCGACAACCAGCACGGGGAUGGCAGUGGCAGUGACGGCCUUCGCUUGGCUGUUGGGGACCGCCAGGGCCGAAUAGCGAUCUGGGACGCCCACUCUCGCCGCAUCAUGUUGUGGAUGGAGGUGCCCGAGUCCAAGGCGGGAGUCCAGGACCUCUGCUGGCUCAAUUGUGGUGAGAGCGACCACCUCCUCUUAGCCUCGAUCACCGGUCCCUCCCUUGUCUCCCUAUGGAACCCUGCCACAGGCCGCUGCGUGUGGAAGUAUGAUGCUUCCCCCGAGUACCUCUCCUGCAUCCGGCGUGACCCCUUCGACUCCUGCCACACCUGCGUUCUUGGCCUCAAGGCCUUCCUCCUCUCCCUAACCGCCACCACAAACCGCCACACAGGAGUGACCCAAGACGAUGACAACUACUAUGAUAUAUCCUUUCAGGAGCACCAGCUGCCAUUUUCGUCAUCCUCCUCAUCGGAUCUGGCGACGAUGAUGUCAGAUGGACCAUUUUCUCCACCCCUUUCCCCUGCCCUCUCUGUGUUCCCUCAGAUAUUUGUCAAGUUUGUGUUCUCACCUCUUUGGAAGCAUAUCCUGUACAUUGCCUUCCCCAGGGAGCUCCUGGUCUUCGAUCUGCAGUACCGGAGCGUCCUCUUCUCGACCCCUCUGCCGCGUGGUUGUGCUAGAUUCCUCGAUCUGCUUCCCGACCCCUAUCACGAUCUCCUCUACUGCAUUCAUCUCGAUGGAAAACUCAGUAUCUGGAAGCGCAAAGAUGGAGAACAGGCACAUGUGCUGUGUACAAUGGAAGAAUUAAUCCCCUCAAUCGGCAUUACAGUUCCUUCUCCAGGUGUCCUUGCGGUUGUUGUCUCCCCAUUGGAGUCUAACCUUAGAAACAUUGGGUGGCAUUGUUUGGAUACAUUACCCAGUUUUCCAUCCUCGGUUACAACAGGAGAUUUUAGUGCUUUAGAUAAUCAUAAUAGAUCCUUUCUUGUUACUGUGGCUAACGUGAUCUCCAUUUCUGAUGAUGGCAAAAUCUGGAAAUGGCUCUUGAGUGCUGAAGGCAGGAGAGAUGGUCAUGGUGGUACAUCAAAUUUAUCUGCGAUUGGAGAUGAAAAUGAAAAAGCAGUUACUAAGGCACAAAAUGACUUGACAGACAAGGAACCGUCAGUCUUAAGUGACAGUGGCAUUUUCUCAUCAGGCUCAUCUUUCACCAAAUCAGAACUCGCACUCAAGAUUGCUUUGGUCGGCCAACUUCAUCUACUCUCUUCAACUUUAACGAUGCUAGCUGUACCUUCUCCUUCCCUGACAGCUACGUUGGCACGUGGCGGAAAUAAUCCUGCAGCUGCAGUUCCAUUGGUUGCUUUGGGAACUCAGCAUGGGAAUAUUGAUGUUGUCGAUGUCGCUGCUAAUGCAGUUGCAGCAAGCUUUUCUGUUCAUGUUGGUGUCAUAAGGGGUUUGAAAUGGCUUGGAAAUUCCAGGCUCGUUUCAUUUUCUUACUCUCAGGCUAACGAUAAAGGUGGGGGCUAUACUAAUAGACUUGUAAUUACCUGCCUCCGAACUGGCCUGAAUCGCACUUUUCGGGUACUACAGAAGCCAGAACGAGCUCCAAUAAGAGCUUUGAGGGCUUCUUCAUCUGGAAGGUAUCUUCUUAUUUUGUUUCGUGAUGCUCCUGUUGAAGUGUGGGCUAUGACGAAGAAUCCUGUAAUGCUUAGAUCAUUGGCACUUCCAUUCACUGUGAUGGAAUGGUCUCUUCCCACAGCACCCAAGCCAGUUCAGAGAGGUCCCUCCAGGCAAUCCUCUUUUAGCAACAAAGAGCGCCCAACCAUUGCUUCUGCAGUCGCAGCUGCCAAUACCACCACAUCUUCAGAGCCUAAGGUAGCAAGUUCAGAAGGUCCUGCUGAUGAAAUAUCUGAAAGUUUUGCAUUUGCACUGGUAAAUGGUGCUCUUGGAGUAUUUGAGGUUCUUGGUCGAAGGAUUCGUGAUUUCAGACCGAAGUGGCCAUCGUCUUCUUUUGUUUCGUCAGAUGGAUUGGUCUCUGCAAUGGCGUAUCGCCUUCCCCAUGUUGUUUUGGGGGAUAGGUCGGGUAACAUACGAUGGUGGGAUGUAACUACUGGACUUUCUUCCUCAUUCAAUACACAUAGAGAAGGAAUCAGACGAAUCAAAUUUUCUCCUGUUGUUGCUAGCGACCACAGCCGAGGGCGUGUUGCUGUUCUUUUUUAUGACAAUACGUUUUCAAUAUUUGAUCUUGAUACACCAGAUCCAUUGGCCAAUGCUCUUUUACAACCACAAUUUGCUGGUACCCUUGUAUUGGAGCUUGACUGGUUGCCUUUGCGAACUGAUAGAAGUGAACCGCUGAUGCUAUGCAUUGCAGGGGCAGAUAGUAGUUUCCGCCUUGUUGAGGUUAAUAUACAUGAUGCAAAAUCAACUUUGCUUUCCAAGCCAAAGGUUAGUAAAGAGAUAUUUCGUCCAAUGCCGCUAUGCUCAGCGGUUCUGCUGCCUCCACCACAUGCUAUGGCACUGAGGAUGGCCUUGCAAUUAGGUGUGAAACCCUCAUGGUUUGAUAUGUGCAGUACUCCACUGGAUACAACUCUUAACCGAAUCCCUGAAAUGUCUUUAACAUCCGAAAGAGACCUUCGGGGUUUUAUGAUUGAAUCGAAUGUUCUGCCAAUCGGUGAUUCUGUGGUACCGGAAAUGCUUCUUAAAGUGUUAGAACCAUAUCGAAGGGAAGGCUGCCUCCUUGACAAUGAGAGAGCAUCAUUAUAUGCUACUUUAGCACACAAGGGAUCGGCAUUUAGAUUUGCUUUUGCUGCUGCUCUCUUUGGAGAUUCCUCAGAGGCCUUUUUCUGGUUACAGCUCCCACGUGCUCUUUUAAUUUUAUUGAAUAAAUCUGUGAAGAAAUCUCCUCAAAAAGCAGAAAUGGCAUCCGCAAGAUCAACUCCAGAACUUGGUGACGCAAUUUUAUUAUCUAAAAUGGGAUCAAUGGAAAAGUCUUUGUUAGGAAGGGGGAAGAAUGAGAAACUGGGUCACAGCCAAUUCAAGGUGAUGGCCUUUGAGCAAGAAGAACUACAUUCUGAGUCUAUCGAGCGCAUACGUUGGCAUGAAAAGUUAGAUGGAGAAGAUGCAAUUCAGAAGCGUGUCCAUGAGCUUGUAUCUGUUGGAAAUCUUGAAGCUGCUGUGACAUUGUUACUUUCCACCCCUCCAGAGGGGUCCCAUUUUUAUGUGAAUGCUCUACGUGCAGUUGCACUUUCCUCUGCUGUCUCAAGGUCUCUACAUGAGCUUGCAGUUAAGGUUGUGGCAGCAAAUAUGGUGAGGACAGACAAAUCACUGUCUGGAGUCCAUCUUCUCUGUGCUGUUGGGAGGUAUCAAGAAGCUUGUUCCCAGCUACAAGAUGCAGGAUGUUGGACAGAUGCCGCAACUUUAGCAGCAACCCAUUUACAAGGAUCUGAUUUCGCAAGGGUGUUGCAAAGAUGGGCCGAUCAUGUCCUUUACAGUGAACACAACAUCUGGAGGGCGCUGAUUUUGUAUGUCGCAGCCGGUGCUUUGUAUGAGGCACUUGCUGCGCUUCGCAAUGCACAAUUGCCUGACACUGCUGCCAUGUUUUUAAUGGCUUGCCAUGAGAUUAGUGCACAGGUUGCAGCAUCAUCCAAGUCAGAGUUCAAUGAUUUGAAUACACCCACAUUGUCCUGGUUAUUGCCUAGUCAGGAUCAUGAAGAUGUGGUCACAGUUUGCGAAUACUUUGUGCACUACCAACGGAAAUUGGUCCAUCUUUGCAUGGAUUGUAUUCCUUCUUUUGAUUAAUGGAGCUUAACAAAAGUUAUGUAACCUACUUUUUGACCUUUCUAGAGGUGCAAAUUUUGAUUCAUGCUCACUUUCUCA